AUGUCACAACAUCAGCAACAACAGCAAACAAUAGCAGCAAUACUAUGCAGGAGUCCGAAUAAUCGUCGAAAAACGAUACGACACAGCCAAUGGGAAUCCAAAGCAGCAGGUCAAUCAACGACGAUAUUUGCCAAAUCCUGGAUGAUUGUGUUGGCCUUGCUGUUUUUGGGACUCCCAGUCUUUUUAUUUGCCGAAAUUGAAGUGGAACAAAAGGUAGUCCAUCACAACAAGGGCGAUCAUCAUCAUCAAUUGCAGCAUCAUCUUAGAGAAAAUGUUCAUCCAUCACAAAUUCCAAAAGUGGAUGCCAUUGUGGUUGGGAGUGGAUUGGCGGGCAUGACGGCAACCCUUCGAAUAUUAGACCGUGGAGGUUCGGUCAUUAUGAUUGAAAAGGAAUCAAUAUUGGGAGGAAAUUCCAACAAGGCCAGCUCUGGAAUCAAUGCCUGCUGUCUAGAACGUGACGAGAAAUUCAACGAUACCAUUGCCGAAUUCUUGCAGGAUACACUCCAAUCGGCAGGACCUCAUGCCAACAUUGCCUUGAUUGAAACCCUCGUCGACCAUAGCGCUGCAGCUGUCAAUUGGCUUUACAAUCGAGUCGGCGUCGAUCUGAGUCAGUUAGUGCUGCUAGGAGGACAUUCCAAACCUAGGACGCAUCGGCCGCAAUUUGGGUUUGUUGGGGCGGAGAUCAUGUCGGCCAUUGAAGCAGCAAUCUACAACUAUCGCGCAACGGGACGUAUCAACGUCAUGCUGAAUACACAAGUUUUAAAACUUUUACAUGACGAAUAUGAUCAUAACCAAGUUCGAGGAGUGCAAAUACGAAAACUUCAUGAUAAACAUCAUCUCAAGCCUCUCAACCUCUAUGCCAAUGAUGUCAUUUUGGCAACUGGAGGCUUCGCAUCCGAUCGUUCGCGUGGUUCCUUACUAGAAAAAUAUCGACCCGAUCUCAUCAGCUUGGGCGCCACGGCAGGGAACUUUUCCACGGGGGAUGGAAUUGUCAUGGCAGAAGCCCUCGGUGCCAUGACACUGGACAUGGAAAAGGUGCAGAUUCAUCCCACUGGCUUUGUUGAUCCGCAGCAACCAGACAAUCCUAACAAAGUACUUGCCGCAGAGCUGCUACGAGGAGUGGGAGGAAUCUUACUCAACCGGGACGGACAACGCUUUUGCAAUGAACUAGGCCGAAGGAACUACGUCGUGGACAAAAUGAUGAACCAAAAAGAACGAUCAGGCGAACCACAACGACGGCUGGGGCAACGGCAAAGUGGUCACACCUUUUUCUUGGUCUUACCUUCAGACUCUGCCAAUGAGGCAAAGAGCCAUAUUUCGCACUAUUUGUAUCAACAUUUAAUGACCGAAGUCUCUGGAGUACAAGGUCUGUCCGAAAGGAUUGGAGUUUCCCGUGACGUCAUUGAGAAAACACUGCGGCAAUACCAAACACAUGCAGUGACGGGCAAGGCUGAUGAACAUGGAAAGACAGUGUUCUCCGGAUUUCCUCUGGUCAAUUUCGACACGGAGACUUUUUUGGUCGGCGAAGUGACACCUGUCCUUCAUUAUUGCAUGGGAGGAAUUGGCAUCGAUGCUGCUGGACACGUCUUGAAUGAAAACGGAGAACGGAUAUGGGGGCUGCAUGCAGCAGGGGAAGUAACUGGAGGCGUACAUGGUAACAACCGCUUGGGAGGAAAUAGUCUUUUAGAGUGUGCUGUCUUUGGAUCCAUUGUGGGAGAGUCCAUACCAAUCGUGGAGCGCCAUUAUGACUCGCACAAUGGUGAGAAUCAAGAAGUGGCACAUCCACUCGACUCGGCCAUCUUUCAGAAUCCACUGCUUCCCGUGAUUACAGAAGCAGAACUCUCACGACACAACACGGCCAAUGAUUCUUGGGUGGCAAUUCAUGGUCAUGUCUACGACCUCACGUCCUUCUUGCCGGAACAUCCUGGUGGGAUCGAUUCCGUAGCAUCCUUGUCGGGCAUGGAUGGAACGGACGUUUUCGCGGCGUUGCACAGCCGUCGAAUAUUGGAUCGCCUCGAAUCGCAAAUAGUUGGUAGGCUGGACGCCAGUGCCGAAUUUGACCUGAACAAGAACACUAACAAUGCUAAUGUCAACACGAAGCAUCCAGAAGAGAACCUUUCGUUGGAUACUGUGUGGCUCCACAAUUCAGAAACCGAUUGCUGGAUAUGCAUCCAUGGAAAUGUAUUCGAUGUGACGAUUUUUGCAAAGACUCAUCCAGGUGGCUCGCAUAUGAUACACAAACACUGUGGGAAGGACGCCACACUCGAAUUCGAAGUCUUCCACAAGAAAGGUAUACAACUCCUAAAUGGCAUCGAACACCUGCGUCUUGGCGAGUUGUCAAUGUGGUAA